GUUGACGUCAUGGAGGCGGGGUGCUGGGACCUGAAAUGAGAAUGGCAGGGCUGGAGCUCCUUUCCUGUGGACUGUGGAAUGUGUGGAUGAGGAAUUUGACCUUUGUUUUAUUCGCUGUGGAUCCAUCCAAGGGGCAUUGCUGCCUGAUAGUAAUAUGAUCUGAGCUGAGUUUUGAGAGAAUUCUGGAAGUGGUAUAGUUACAGAAUCAAACGUCAGCCAGCCAGCGGGUCUGGAACGCAUUGUUCUCAGUACUGAUUAUCGAUAAAAGUCAGGGAGCCUAAGUUUGUGAGCGUUGAAGAUGAAUCCUCUUAUGAAAGCUCCCUUUUCUCCACUUGGGUUCUGGUUUGCUCUUAGUGCCAGCGUUACAGUCAGUGCCUUCCUAAAUCUGAGCGCAGCCAUGGCUGUUUCAUAAGAAUGAUGUAACGUUGUCCUAUGAGGGAUGAAGGUCAUCUGUCACCUACUGUAGCAGGAGAAGCGCAGACAAAACUCCUUAGACAGCAGAUUAAAGAAGGAAGAGGUUUAUUCCGGGAGCGUCGGCGGACUUGCGACUUAAGAGCCAAGCUUCCCCAAAAAGAAAUUCUUGGCCUUUUUAAAGGCUUACAACUUUAAGGGGUCCACGUGAAACGGUCGUGAUAAAUCAAGCAAGCGUGGGAAACAUGACUGGGGGCUACAUGCAUCAGCUAACAACAGAAAGUUUUGCAGUGCUUUUUCAUACAAUGUCUGGAAUUUACAGGCUCUCGUCAGACGAUGGCACCCACUGUAGAAGGAGGUGACGCAGCUCUGCUCCCAGAAUUCCCCAGGGGACCCCUGGACGCCUACCGGGCAAGAGCAUCCUUCAGCUGGAAGGAGCUGGCGCUGUUCAUGGAAGGGGAGGACAUGCUCCGCUUUAAGAAAACCAUCUUCUCAGCUCUCGAGAACGACCCUCUUUUCGCCCGUUCCCCUGGAGCCGAUCUGUCCUUGGACAAGUAUCGUGAGCUGAACUUCCUUCGAUGCAAGCGGAUCUUCGAGUAUGACUUCCUCAGUGUUGAAGACAUGUUCAAGAGCCCUCUGAAGGUCCCCGCCUUGAUUCAGUGCCUGGGGAUGUAUGACUCUUCUCUGGCUGCCAAGUACCUCCUCCAUACCUUGGUUUUUGGAUCAGCAGUUUACAGUUCUGGUUCUGAAAGACAUCUCACCUAUAUUCAAAAGAUCUUCAGUAUGGAAAUUUUUGGAUGUUUUGCUCUGACUGAGCUAAGCCACGGCAGUAAUACCAAGGCCAUUCGUACGACUGCCCACUACGAUCCUGCCACUAAGGAAUUCAUCAUACAUUCCCCUGAUUUCGAAGCUGCCAAAUUUUGGGUUGGCAACAUGGGCAAGACAGCCACUCACGCAGUGGUGUUUGCUAAGCUGCACGUGCCGGGGGACCAGUGCCAUGGGCUGCAUCCCUUUAUCGUGCAGAUCCGGGACCCGAAGACCCUUCUUCCCAUGCCCGGAGUGAUGGUCGGCGACAUGGGGAAGAAACUCGGGCAGAACGGUCUGGAUAACGGUUUCGCCAUGUUCCACAAGGUCAGAGUUCCUCGCCAGAGCCUCCUGAACCGGAUGGGAGACGUCACCCCCGAGGGCACCUAUGUCAGCCCCUUUAAGGACGUCAGGCAGCGCUUCGGAGUGUCCCUGGGGGGCCUGUCCUCUGGCCGGGUCUCCAUCCUGAGCCUGGCCGUCGUUAACCUAAAGCUGGCCAUAGCCAUCGCUCUUCGCUUCUCAGCCACUCGGCGUCAGUUUGGACCCACCCAGGAGGAGGAAAUAGCCGUGCUUGAGUAUCCAAUGCAGCAAUGCCGCUUGCUUCCGUAUCUGGCAGCUGCCUACGCCUUAGACCACUUCUCCAAGUCGCUCUUCCUGGACCUGGUGGAGCUCCAGCGAGGACGUGCCUCGGGAGACCGCAGCGCCAGACAGGCAGAGCUUGGACGUGAGAUCCACGCUCUGGCAUCAGCCGGCAAGCCCCUGGCCUCGUGGACCGCCCAGCAAGGAAUUCAGGAAUGCCGGGAGGCGUGUGGAGGACACGGCUAUCUAGCCAUGAACCGGUUGGGUGUCCUUAGAGAUGACAACGAUCCCAACUGCACAUACGAAGGUGACAACAACGUCCUGCUGCAGCAGACAAGCAACUAUUUGCUGGGCCUCCUGGCACACCGGGUCCGGGGUGAGGCUCCGCUGCACACUGAUGGAGCUUGCUUCCGCAGUCCGCUGAAGUCGGUGGACUUUCUGGACGCCUAUCCCAGCAUCCUUGACCAGAAGUUUGAGGUCUCCAGUGUUGCCGACUGCUUGGACUCCGCAGUCGCCCUGGCAGCAUACAAGUGGCUGGUUUGCUACCUGCUCCAAGAGACUUAUCAAAAAUUAAACCAAGAGAAAAGAUCAGGAAGCAGUGACUUUGAAGCAAGGAAUAACUGCCAGGUGUCCCACGGCCGUCCCUUGGCGCUGGCCUUCCUGGAGCUCACCGUGGUGCAGAGGUUCCACGAGCACGUGCACCAGCCCUGCGUGCCGCCCUCGCUGCGGGCCGUGCUGGGGCGGCUCAGUGCUCUGUACGCCCUUUGGUCCCUGAGCCGCCACGCGGCCCUGCUCUACCGAGGUGGAUACUUCUCUGGUGAGCAGGCAGGAGAAGUAUUGGAGAGCGCCGUCCUGGCCCUGUGUUCCCAGCUGAAAGACGACGCGGUUGCCCUGGUAGACGUGAUCGCUCCUCCUGACUUUGUUCUGGACUCACCGAUUGGCAGAGCGGACGGCGAGCUCUACAAAAACCUCUGGGGCACUGUCCUGCAGGAAAGCAAGGUGUUGGAGCGGGCGUCCUGGUGGCCAGAGUUUUCUGUGAACAAACCUGUCAUAGGAAGUCUGAAAUCAAAGCUGUAGUGGCGCCGGCACACAUUCAGCCAAGUCUAAUGAAACGAAGGGAACUAAUCAGACGUGGACCUCAACCUCUGACUCCAGAACACGCUGGAGAUUGCUGCUGCCUUCUGAGCCCGCACCUCUGCGCUUAAACUGCUGAUUGACCUCACCGCCCAGGCGGACGGGAGGGAGGCGCCCGGCCGGCUGGGCUACUCUGGGAUUGUGGUGAUUUGCAGCGUGGAAAAGAAAUGCACGUGAUCAUGUCUGCGACGCGCUGUGGGUUUUUUGAUCAUUAGAAUUUCGCACAUUCAGGUUUCAGGGUUCAGCUCCUGACUCUAAAGUAGACAGCCCAUAGUCAGGGGUUUUCUGGUCAGACAACCUGUGAUUUGUCUAGAUUUUUUCCAGAGCUCCACUUCAUGAAGAAGUCAGUGGUGCCAGUCUGGUUCUUUGUCAGCUCUCCCUCGGCUUUGUCACCUGAUCAAAUUAUGUCAUAACCUUA